GCCAGGCCCUUCCGGCGGGGUUGUGGUCAGUAUAUAAAGCGCGGACGCCGGGGCUUCUUUUGGUUUUGGUCGUUAGCAUCGUCCGCGCGCGUCGCGCCGCCCCGCCCCGCCGCGCAGGUGAGCCGCCAAGGCGAAGGCGCAGCUGAGCCGGCCCCAGGCUGCCCUCUGGAGUUCGUCCGCCUUUCCGGCGCCCACCAGGUUGCGUUCAAGGGGCUGAAGUUUGGGUCAACAGCUUGGAUUUUUUUUGCUCUAGAUUUGGCAUUCUACACUGAGGUCGCCAUGAACAUUUUUCAAAUCCUGAUGAAAAAGAAGGAACUUAUUCCUUUGGUGGUGAUCAUGACGGCGGCCGCGAGCGGAGCAACGUCUUUUGCUGCAUAUUCCCUUAAGAAGUCCGAUGUGAUCAUUGAUCGAAAAAAUAAUCCAGAACCUUGGGAAACUGUGGAUCCUAAUAAACCUCAAAAGCUUAUAACAAUCAACCAACAAUGGAAGUCCGUUGAGGAGUUGCAGAAGGUCCGAAGGGCAACCAAGUGACCAGUCCUCACCACUUUCUUCUGAGGAGUGCUCUAUGGAUCUAGUACUUCCUGCACAAACUGCCAGUUGAUGAGGGACACCAGUAUGUGGAAAUGCUUCUGCUACAUUUUUAGGGCUUGCCUACACUUUAGAGGUUGCCUACAUUUUUGGAUUCUGGAUAAAGAAUUAUAAAGGUAGUGCAGCAAUAACCACAUAAUCUAAAAAUAGGUUUAUUGUACAUUUGAAUUUUGUCGAUUGAAAUUUUUAUGUUUAUGGUGCCUGAAUGUUUUCCUUAAAGUGUAUAAAGAUUUGUAAGUUAAAUUAUCUACAAUAAAAUGCCAUUUGUGCAAGA